GAAACCCCUUCCAUAUUCAUCUUUCCAACACCAAAUCAACAAUCCCUACAUUCAACCAUCAACUGGGUCUCAAACAAAUUCAAAAUCUUGAAACCCCAUCUGCAAAUGUCAUCUCCACCCCCACCAAACCCCCUCCCCACCACCACCACAACCCCCAAUUUCUUGCAACCCCAAAAACAUUCACACCCACCAAUCUACCAAACCUUCUACAACCCCCAACACUCCAAUUCACGACCUCAUCAUCAACAACCACCUCUUCCGGUCUCCGGUUACCCUUAUACGGUUAAUCGCCCACAUGGGUUCUUGAAUUCGGAUCAAUUGGUUAAGGUUAACCCCUUGUCUGCCCCUUUGCAACAAACCCUUGUGGGUGGUGCUCCUACUGUUUCUGCAAACACAAAGGUUCAAGUUUCAGAAGGCACUUCUCUUUAUGCACAAUGCCGCUCAUGGUUAAAGAAUGGGGUUACUUUAGAAAAACAGCCACAGUAUCCGGAUUGUGUCAAAUCUCUUCCAAAGCCACUGCCUGCAUCAACGGUAGAAGCAAGAAAGGAGGAUGACCUGGAAUUAGAGGAGGAGAAACUCGAGAAUGUCGAUCACUUGUCUGCUAAGGAGCUGUUGCAACUGCAUGUUAAUCAUGCGAAGAAGGUUCGAGCGAGAUUAAGAAAUCAACGGCUACAAAGAAUCGAAAGGUAUAAAGACCGUCUUGCUCUACUCUUGCCUGCGGUUGCGGAUCAACAGCCAAAGAACGACCCUGCAUCUUGAAGCAUCCGCAUGCCAAUGAGCAAACCUGCAAAAAGAAGCCAACUUUUUAACCAACUUUAAUAAUUGGCUCUUUAUAGUUAUCUUUUAAUCUCCUUUAGAACAUUGGGAUAAGUUAUUAGUUUUUUAAGAUACAUAUGUUAUGAUGAAUAUGAUUACAGUGACAAUAUCUUUAUCUUC